GGAGUUACUUGUUUUCUCUAACAACAUCUUGUCCAUGCACAAGCCUACGCAUUAUCGCGCAACACCUGCCGUGAUGACAUCUGUAAUCAUCAUCCUACUGACUUGGAUUCAAUUCUAUCUCCAUUUGUAACAAACCUACUGAGUUGUAGCGCUUAGUACAGCGCCCUUGUUACCAUCAUUACCUGCUGCUGGUCACACUUGGAGUGGAUUCAACUUCUGCACGGCUCCCUGCCGUCUCACUGCCGGUCUGUCUGAGGAUUCAGCGCAGUUCACCGCCGACGCCGCCCUGGUACUUGGUUCCAUGGCUCCCUGCCGUCCUGUUGCCGGUUUUGUCUGGGUAUCUGGUCCAAUUCAAUACCGACGCAUACCUGGUGUCCAGCCCAUGGGCAUCGUAGACCUUCCAGAUAUCCUACUGGUUUUCUUUAAGCCAGCUGGUGAAGACAUCUAACCUCUUAGUUAAGUAUUUUGUUCCGUGCUUCUGUGCACUUAACGAUUCAUUGUUCAAACCAUUUUUAUUUACAUUUGUUUUUUAGAAACAUUUAUAAAUUACAUUUUUUAUAUUUACUUUUUGAGGUCGUAUAUUCAAAGUUAGACUUUUCCACGGUCCCAAUUAUUCAUCGCGGUCCCUUUUCAAUUUCUCUUGUCUUGCGGAAGACUUUCAAUAUUUGUUUGUUUAUGCAACAGCUGUAAUUUCAUUAAUUACACAAUUUUUGUGACUAGGAGUUCUACAAUAAAUUCAAAACAAUUGUAUUUUGAAGAUUCUGAAUUCUCUUUUUAUUUGUCAACAUAAUUGUCCAACUGUGUGGACCCACCAUUGUAUGUACAUGCUUUACUAUUCUAAGGUAAUAAAACAAACCAAAUUACACUUUUUGGAAGGUCUGUUACAUACUCAUGAUCAUUAUAAUAUUCUUUAUGAUUCUAAUCCUUGUAUGUCAUUUAGCCUACCUGUUCCAAGAUGGUACUAUAAAUUCAUAUAUUCAAUUUCAACUACAGCUGAUCAAUAACUCUCUUAAAUAUCAUUCCUUUUUUGCUUACCAGAGUCUUUUAUGAGGACAGUUUGGGUGGUCUCAUUGAGAGUUGCAAUUCAGAUCUUGACGACUCUUAAUGUCACAAUCAUUGCAGUCUGCUUAGAAGAUUGGAGGUUACGCUUCAAUUUCGCCCAAAUUAUUGAAUUUGAUGUCAACUAUUUCUAAAGGUUUGAAAACAAAAAGGUUUUUUUUUAAAGGUAAUUUCUCAUAAAGAAAUUUUAAAGGCAAAUCUAAGAAUAUUUUCUAACCUCAAAAUGUUUUAUGGUGAUGGGAAGUAGGUAUUGAUGUUUUUCAAUGUUUCUGCCUUGUGUUUCAAAGUACUGUUUUUAAUUUUAAUGUGAGUAAUUGUACAUUAUAAAUAUUGAGUGGAUUUUGAAAUCAAUUUGAAGCUCAUUUUUUUGCAAGCCAGACACAUUCCAGUAAUGUCUCCCGGCUACAUAGGCCAAAGUCCUUUUCAGGGCAAUCCAGAUAGUUAAUUACUUAGAAUAGCACAACUUAAUAUUGAGGGCAUGACAAGAGCUAAAGGAGAAAUUUGUGGAAAAAUGAGUGAAGAUCUCAAAAUUGACAUCAUACUGAUUCAAGAAACACAUGUAGCAGCGAAUAUGGAUAAAAAGCUGAAGAUUCCUGGCUAUACACUUGUUAACAGUUUAAAUCAUGAUAAGCAUGGAAUUGCCACAUUUGUUACAUCGAAUAUUGCUUCUAAUUGUAGUGGUUUAAAUGGAAAUAGUCAUGCCAUAGGCAUAGCAUAUGGAGGGCUGAGUAUAUUCAAUGUGUACAAACCCCCUGGGGAAGAAUGGGAGAACCCUGUCCUCCCUCAUGCUGCACAUCCGUGCAUAUAUGCUGGAGAUUUCAACUCUCAUAGCCCUCUGUGGGGCUACAGAACUGAAAACAGGGAUGGUGAGAGUCUGAUUCGAUGGGAUGAAGUAAAUGAUUGUCACUUGGAAUAUGAUGCUAAACAAGGCAGCACUUUUCAUUCUGCCAGGUGGGGAACUUCUACCACUCCAGAUCUGUGCUUUGUGUCAUGUAAUAGGGAAGGUAGACCUUUGCAUGUGACAAGAUCAGUUGAAUCAAGAUUCCCUGGAAGUAAACAUAGCAUGGUGGUUUUAGAGAUUGGCAUGAGGUUGCUAUGUGUUCAAAAUCCUGAACUUCCAAGGUGGAAUCUCCGUAAGGCAGUUUGGGCAAAGUUUACUGAAGAAGUGGAGAAAACAGUUUCCAGAAUCCCUAUCAACAUACCAAAUUAUGAAAGGUUCAGCAGACUGCUUUUCAUGGCUGCAAAGAGAUCUAUCCCAAGAGGCCAUAGAAAGAAUUAUGUCCCAUGUUGGAAUGCAGAAUGUGCAUGAUAGUUUACUGACUGAAUAUAGAGUUUCACCAACUGAUGAGCUUGCCAAUAGCCUGAUAAAAAAUUUGGAUGAAGGAAGACCCAAUCGUUGGAUGGAAGCCAUGCCGAGUCUGGAUUUCACUCACUCCAGCAGAAAAUCAUGGAGUUUACUCUGAAAGCUGAGUGAGAACACAAGAUCCAUAAAAAGAGCGGAUGUGACUCCUGAUCAAAUAGCUGACAUCUGCCAGAAAAAUGGUGAUAUAGAUGUGCCCCCAAAGCUGAAAGCUCAAAUGAAGCGGAAACUACAGAAGGAGCUGAAAAACUGCAUGCAACAAUCCUUUUUGGCAGAGUUGGUAAUUGGCAACUGGUGACUCAUUUAGAACAAUUGCUUUCAGCUAUAGAAUGGGGGUCAGUUCUGUGAGACGUUCAGUUUUUGAAGUUUCUAACGCUAUAAUAAACAACAUGUUGAGUGAAAUGAUUCCAACACCCACUACAGAGCAAUGGGAAAAAAACAUUGAAGAGUUUUGGUCCAAGUGGAACUUUCCUAAUUGCCUAGGUUCAAUUAUUGAUGGAAAGCAUAUUGUGAUUGUAGCACCUCCAAACAGUGGUUCCCUAUAUUUUAAUUACAAAAAAACAUUCUCCAUUGUACUUAUGGCUUUAGUUGAUGCUAAUUAUAAUUUUAUAGCUGUAAACGUCGGU